CCCUCUCAGGCUUCUCUCUGAUACCACGAUAUACACACAUGCCUCUAAUCGGAUAAAGUCAGCUGAUUCUAGCUGAUCGGGCUGAUCCUCCAGAUGCAAGUGUCAGAAAGAGAGAUGGUCAGGGGCGAAUAUCCAGUUCCGGAGGAAGGGAAGAAAGAGGAUGACAUGGAGGAAAUAAUAGCAGAAGCAAGUAAUCCCGAUAACGAUCCCGAUAACUUGUUGGAGGAAAUAAUAGCGGAAGCAAGUAAUCCCGAUAACGUCAACGAGGAAAUGGACUGCGCCGAGGACGAGGAGCAUCCUGAUGACAUCAGGUGCCUGGAGGAAGAUGUAUACUCCGAUAUCGGUAUUAAAGCAUUAGAAGACGAGUUGGACCAUUUGGAAACUGCUCUGGAUCAUUUAGAGAAGAAAAAUGAUGAUAUACAUGCAGAAUUGAUUGAAUUAUUACAAUCUAAUCGCGAGGCUAGAAAACAGUUUCAGGAAUCGCUGCAAAAUGAGAAUCAACAGUCACAGUGAUAGUGAUUAUAUAUUUAAAAUAUAAAAUCAAAUUGAGAGUCAACAAGCACAGUGAUAAUUAUUUUAUAUUUAAAAUAUAAAAUUAUAUACUUUGUUAAUUUAAUAUCUAGAAUUAUCAUUCUAUCAUGUUAUUUUUAAUAUUGCAAAUGAAAUAUUCUUCUAUUUCUAAUAACAUUGCAAAUGAUAUAUUUAUAAAAAUUAUGAGAUGUUACCAUUUAUUGUGAACAAAAACAAAUUGCGUUUAUCGCUAUUUGAGAAUACAAACUUUGAUAGCAUUUUUGGUAAUAGAAGAAAUAAGAUAGAAUAUACAAUUUAUCAUGUAAUUAUACACAUGUAUAUAUUUGAAAAUAUUAAUGGAUUUUAUUUUGCACAUAGAACAAUGUCAAUUGGAUUAAAAUUGUAAUUUUGGCGAAAUAUUAUACUACAUUUAAGACAUUAUUUUCUUCAUUAAACACUAAUAAAUCUCUCAUUUAGAGAAUUCUGUAUGA